UAUCGUCUGUGCGUCUGUCUCUUUUUUUGCUGUUGUGUCGCCCAAAUCAAAGGCUCAGUACUUUUUUUUGAAUUAAAAAAGAAUCCUUAGCUUUUCUAUAUUUCUCUUUUUUUUUAGCUUAUAUUUUUAAGUAGUAUAGUUCAUUUUGUUAUUCGUUCUGUUAACAAAUUCUAUUUUGAAUAAUGGCUGACAUCGAAGAUACUCACUUUGAUACCGGAGACUCUGGUGCUUCAACCACAUACCCCAUGCAAUGUUCAGCUUUGCGAAAGAAUGGUUUCGUUAUGUUAAAAGCUCGCCCGUGCAAAAUUGUGGAUAUGUCCACUUCAAAGACUGGUAAGCACGGACAUGCUAAGGUCCAUUUAGUUGGCCUAGAUAUAUUUUCUGGUAAGAAAUAUGAAGAUAUAUGUCCGUCAACUCACAAUAUGGAUGUUCCAUUUGUUAAACGUGAAGAUUAUCAGUUGACUGAUAUAUCAGAUGAUGGCUAUUUAUGUUUGAUGUCUGACAAUGGUGAUUUGCGUGAAGACUUGAAGAUUCCUGAAGCUGAAAUUGGUCAACAAUUGAAAAAUGAAUACGAUGCCGGAAAAGAGCUUUUGUGUACUGUAUUGAAAUCCUGUGGCGAAGAAUGUGUGAUUGCCAUUAAGACAAACACAGCUUUGGACAAAUAAUGCUCAUAAAUGACAAAACGUCAUACGAGCAAAACAUUUCUUUUAAUAUUUUUUUUUUUUUCUUAGUGGCUAAACAAUUUUCAAAUUCUCUUUUUAAUAAUUAAACCCUAGAAAAAUGAUAAUUACUUGUAAACUGUUUUUAAUAAUGUAAUUAAACAAUCUAUCAGUCUUCAGAUUAUUUACACUAUAAUAAUUAAAAAUAUUAUGGUAUUUAUAUUAAGAGAAAAUAAACAUUGUUUUUACUUUUUAAAAAGUUGUUAAAGUAUGAACUAUGGGUUAAACCAGAUUUUGAAAUAUAAAUAACCAAGUCACUAAUGUUAA